AUGAAACAUAAACCUACUACCAAUAAUAAUCAAAAGAUACAAGAUUUAAAUUUAAAAAGAUCAACUACAUUAUAUAAUAAUUCAGAUCUUACUGAAUCUGAAGAUAUACAAUUGAAUGAUUUAAGUUCAAGUUUAACUACUUCUUCUUCUUCAACUCCUUCCAUAACAAAAAUGUCACAAUCUCAUUUAUUAUCACCUGGAAAUUACGAUAAUGGGAAUGAAAAUGAUGAAGAAAAUUUUGAAAUAGAAUCUGACAAUGAUGAAUAUAUUGGAUUAUAUAAAGAUGAAGGAAUUAGUUCUAAAAUCAAAAGAUUUUUUUAUAGAUUAUGGAAUGGACCAAUUGAACCUAAAGAUGAAUAUGCUCCAAGAAUAACAAAACUAGAAUAUUUUGAAGAAAUACCUGAUAAAUUUAACGGAAGGAUUCCAUUGAUUUAUAAAAGAUUAUUAUUAGUUGUUUAUCUAAUAUUUUGGUUUGGAUUGAUUUAUACAAUUUUAAUACCUUAUUUCACAAUACCUCCUUAUUCAAAUAAAGAUCCAAAAUCUCAUAUUUAUUCUUUAUCAUGUUCAUCACAAUCAGAAUUCUGGAAUGGUAAAAACACUGCAUGUGGAUUAAAUGGUGAAUUAUGUCCAGAUAUUUUAAAACAUACAGGUGAAAAAGAUAUAAUUAUAAGAUGUCCUGCAUUAUGUGAUAGAGGUAGUUGGACAUAUUCUUUAAUGCCCAUAGGUGAUCAAAGAAUUAAAUAUCGUGGUUAUUUUAUUGGUGGUGGUGAUAAAGUUCAAAAAAGUAUAGAUAAAAAUCAAAUUACAAAUCCUUAUAGAGCUGAUUCUUAUCCUUGUGGUGCUGCUGUACAUGCUGGUAUUGUUUCACCUAUUUGGGGUGGUUGUGCAAGGAUGUCAUACAAGAGUGGUAAUCAACCAUUUUUUAAUUCAACUAAAGGUCAUUAUGGAGUUGAUAAUUCAAUAAAUUUUAAUUCAUUUUUUAAAUCUUCAUUUUUUUUCAAAAACUUGAUUUCUAGUGAUGAUAAUGACCAAUUUAUUCAAUGUACAGAUCCAAGAAUAAUAAUUUUGAUAAUAAACAUUCUAUUAGGAAUACCAAUAGUUUAUUUAGCUAGUGGAGCAAUUACAUUUUGGGUAACUAAUAUAGUUGGAUUUUGGACUAUUUGCUUAGCUACCGAUCCACCAGUCAAUGUUGAUGCAACAGAUCCACAAGAUUUUGCAUAUUUAAUUUCAAUAGGUUUAGAAAGAUUUUUACCUACUUGUUCCAUUUUAUAUAUUCUUUGGCAUUUUUCAACAAAAAGAACCUUAUCAGAACCUACUUCACCAAAUGAAAAAGUUUCGUACUUAUCAAGAUUGUUUUUGUUUUAUCCUUUAUUUUGGUUGGGAGUAUUAAAUAAUGUUACAUUUGAUAGAUUGCCUGUUGAUAGAUUAACCAUUAGUGAUUUAAAAGAACAAUCUGGUGCGAUGUUGGCAGUCUCGGGAAUCAUAAUAACUAUAACAACAUGUGCAUUUAUUCAAGCUUAUAAAAUUUGGUUAUCUGGUAGAUUUCAAAAAUAUUUACUUAUAUAUUCCAUAUUUGUUAUUGGUUUAAUAUUUUUAGCGGGUAUACCUGGUUUAACUUUAAGAGUUCAUCAUUAUAUCUUAGCAAUGCUAUUAAUUCCUGGUUGUGCUACAAGAGGUAGAACAGCUUUAAUGUUUCAAGGGAUAUUACUAGGUUUAUUUUUAUCAGGUGCCUCAAGAUGGGGGUUAGCAGCCAUUGCUGAAACUAUAACAUCACUAAAAAGAGAUGAUCCAAAAGGUUCAUUGAUACCACCUAUCAUUACAGAUUAUAAUUCACUGACUGGUUCAUUGAAUUGGCAAAAUAUACCAACCAACAUAACUAAAGUUUCAACAAAUUAUGAAAAAUAUUCAUCGAUAUCUAUUCUAAUUAAUGAUAUAGAACAUCUCAUAUUAGAUGGUUCCUCAUCAAUUGAUUUGAAACAAGUCUUAACAAACACUUCAAACCCUAUAUAUGAUUGGGUACAAGAUGGCUUAAGCAAUGGUUUAAAAGAUUCAAAAGGUGAUAUUCCAAUAUAUAUAAGAAUUGGUAGGAAAAUACCAAAUACAAAUUUAUAUAGUGAUUUUUCAAAUGCUGCUAUAUUAAAAUGGCCAAGUGGUGAAUUGACUUUACCAUUACCAGGAUUGACAUAA